GGGGCGGCGGGCGAGGGGCUCCGAGCCGGCGGAUCGGAGGAUCGCGGACCCCGGCCGACUCCGCCGGGCGGCGAGCGCGGUGCGUGGCGGCGGCGGGGCCCGCGAGGCCGCGCCGGGAGCCCGGCGUCCCCGCCCCCCCGAGCCUGACGGGCGGCCCGGCGGGAUGAGGCGCUGGCGCGGGGGGCGCCCGGCCAAGCCUCCGCGGCUGCCCCGGGCGGCCAGGCGCUAGGCUCCGCGGCGCGGGCGGUGCUCGGCGGCGAGGACCGGGAGGACGAGGAGGCGGAGCGGCGAGCGGCGGGCCCGGCGCCCGCAGAGGGCAGACACGGAGCGGCGAUUGGGGCGCAGCGAGGCCGCAGCGGCGCGGCGGGGCCGCGGGGCUCGGAAGAUGAAGUCCUCGGUACAUUCUGAAGAGGAUGAUUUUGUUCCAGAACUACACAGAAACGUCCACCCCCGAGAGCGGCCCGAUUGGGAGGAAACACUGAGCGCAAUGGCAAGAGGAGCAGAUGUGCCUGAGAUUCCUGGAGACCUUAGCCUUAAGACUUGUGGCAGCACAGCUAGUAUGAAGGUUAAACACGUGAAAAAACCCACCAACCCAGGACUGAUGGGCUGCGACAACAUGCACAGGUUGCCCUUCACCAAAGGCCACUUUCCGAAGAUGGCCGAAUGCGCACAUUUCCACUAUGAGAACGUUGAGUUUGGCAGCAUACAGCUCUCCCUUUCAGAAGAGCAGAACGAUGUAACGAAAAACGGCUGUGAAUCGAAAGAGCUGGUCUACCUCGUGCACAUCGCUUGUCAGGGCAAAAGUUGGAUUGUUAAAAGAAGUUACGAAGAUUUUCGAGUACUUGACAAGCAUCUUCAUCUCUGUAUUUAUGACCGAAGGUUCUCCCAGCUCUCAGAGCUUCCCCGUUCCGAUGCCCUGAAGGACAGUCCAGAGUCCGUCACUCAGAUGCUUAUGGCUUACCUGUCCCGCCUUUCAGCUAUCGCCGGCAACAAGAUCAACUGUGGACCUGCCCUUACUUGGAUGGAGAUUGAUAACAAGGGCAAUCACCUUCUAGUCCAUGAAGAAUCGUCCAUCAACACGCCUGCUGUCGGUGCAGCCCAUGUGAUCAAGAGGUACACUGCCCGGGCGCCUGAUGAACUGACCUUAGAGGUGGGUGACAUUGUUUCUGUGAUCGACAUGCCCCCAAAAGUGUUGAGCACGUGGUGGAGAGGCAAGCACGGAUUCCAGGUGGGACUCUUCCCUGGACACUGUGUGGAGUUAAUCAAUCAGAAAGUCCCCCCGUCAGUGACCAACUCAGUGCCAAAACCAGUGUCUAAGAAGCACGGCAAGCUCAUCACUUUCUUACGCACAUUCAUGAAGUCUCGACCAACAAAACAGAAGCUGAAGCAGCGGGGGAUCUUGAAAGAGAGGGUGUUUGGUUGUGACCUGGGGGAGCACCUUCUCAAUUCUGGUUUUGAAGUCCCCCAGGUUCUUCAGAGCUGUACGGCAUUCAUCGAGAGAUAUGGCAUUGUGGACGGAAUAUAUCGCCUCUCUGGCGUUGCCUCCAAUAUCCAGAGGCUACGCCAUGAAUUUGACUCUGAACAUGUCCCCGACUUGACAAAAGAGCCCUAUGUUCAGGACAUCCAUUCCGUGGGCUCCCUCUGCAAGCUGUAUUUCCGAGAGCUCCCAAACCCUCUGCUCACCUACCAGCUGUAUGAGAAAUUUUCAGAUGCUGUCUCAGCAGCGACAGAUGAAGAAAGGCUGAUCAAGAUUCAUGAUGUCAUCCAGCAGCUGCCCCCGCCACACUACAGGACACUGGAGUUCCUCAUGAGACACUUGUCACUUCUCGCUGACUAUUGUUCCAUCACAAAUAUGCAUGCAAAAAACCUAGCAAUUGUUUGGGCUCCAAACCUGCUCAGAUCAAAACAGAUCGAGUCCGCCUGCUUCAGCGGCACAGCGGCCUUCAUGGAAGUGAGGAUUCAGUCUGUGGUCGUUGAGUUCAUCCUCAACCACGUGGACGUCCUCUUCAGUGGGAAAAUCAGCGAGGUCAUUCAGGAGGGGGCAGCUUCUCUAUCCAGGCCCAAGUCCCUGCUCAUUUCCUCUCCGUCCACCAAGCUGCUGACAUUGGAGGAAGCCCAGGCAAGAACCCAAGCUCAGAUCAGUUCUCCGCUGGUGACGGAAAACAAAUACAUUGAAGUCGGAGAAGGACCCGCUGCGCUACAGGGGAAAUUUCACACCAUCAUCGAUUUCCCGCUGGAGAGGAGGAGGCCUCAGAACAAAAUGAAGAAGUCCCCUGUGGGCAGCUGGCGCUCCUUUUUCAACUUGGGGAAAUCGUCGUCUGUUUCCAAGCGGAAGCUGCAGCGCAAUGAGAGCGAGCCCUCGGAGAUGAAGGCCAUGGCUCUGAAAGGUGGCCGGGCAGAGGGAACCCUCCGAUCAGCUAAGAGUGAAGAGUCUCUUACUUCUCUCCAUGCAGUCGAUGGUGACUCCAAGCUGUUCCGGCCCAGGAGACCGCGAUCCAGCAGCGACGCCCUGAGCGCCUCUUUCAACGGAGAAAUGCUGGGGAACCGCUGCAAUUCCUACGACAACCUGCCCCACGACAACGAGAGCGAGGAGGACAUGGGGCUGCUCCACAUCCCAGCCCUGGUGUCCCCCCCUUCGGCCGAGGAUGUGGACCUGAGCCCGCCGGACAUGGGUGUGGCCAGCCUGGAUUUCGACCCCAUGUCAUUUCAGUGCAGCCCCCCGAAGGCCGAGGCCGAGGGCCCGGAGAGCGGCGCCGCCUUUUUAGACUCCCCCACGGGAUACCCCAAGGAUAAGCCAAGUGCAAAUAAAAGGGACUCGGAAGCCGGCGGCAGCCGGGCCCAGACCCCGGGCAGCACUGCCAGUUCUGAGCCCAUGUCUCCUCUGCGGGAGACCCCGAGUCCCUUCUUCACCCUGGACUUGAGCCCGAGCGAGGAGAAGUCCGCCAAGCCGUCCUCCUUCACGGAGAAGGUUGUCUACGCGUUCUCGCCAAAAAUCGGACGGAAAUUAGGCAAAUCACCUUCUAUGAACAUAUCUGAGCCCAUUUCAGUGACCCUCCCCCCCCGGGUGUCAGAAGUCAUCAGUGCAGCCUCCGCCACGGCCUCCGCCAUGGCCUCCGCCACAGCCUCCACCACGGCCUCCGCCGUGGCCUCCGCCACGGCAGCCCAGACCCGAUCUCCUCCCACCUGGCACACGGGUGUGGACGAAAGUGCCGUCGGAACUAGCUCCCCUCCCCAGGUAGGAAAGGUGAAGGCAAACGAGAGGGAGGCCCUGGAAGGAUGUGAGCCUGGAGUCCAGCCCCCAGGCCUGGCGGUGGCGGUGGCAGCGGCCGCAGAGGUAGAGGCGCCGGGACAGGAGAAGGAGGAGCCGUGCGUGUCCGACGGUCAGAGUAAGGCUGUACCUUCUGGACAGGCUCAGACAGGAGCAGUUACCCAUGACCCCCCUCAGGAGGCCAUGCCUGUCAGUUCAGUGUCUCUUAUCCCACCGCCACCGCCUCCGAAAAACGUUGCCCGCCUGUUGGCGCUGGCGUUGGCCGAGUCCGCACAGCAAGCCUCGACGCAGUCGCUGAAGAGACCGGGCGCUUGCCAGUCCGCUCCUGUGAGCUAUGGAGACGCGGCAGUGGCUGCAGCCGAAGAGCAGCUGCCUGUUUACCACCCUCACGGGACUCUGGACAAAGCCUGUGUCCCCGCCGAUGGGCCCGCAGAGCACUUCCUCCUCCCGAACCACGCAUCCGGGAGCGGCCACCAGCUCCUGCCCGACCCGGCCGCCACCGGGCACCAAGCCCACGCCAGCGCCCCCGAGCCCGGGCAGCAGCCCCGCCAGGCCGACUUCCAGCCCCAUCGAGCCUGUGCACCUGGGGACCCAGACCAGGCCAGAACCACUUCAGGUCCCUUAACAGACUCGCAGUCUGAUGCGCACAUCAGUUUCCGGGAAGACCAGCCGGGGAAGACCACCGGGCCGACCGUCUCCUUCGCGGAUCAGGACCAGACUCAAGUUUACUUCUACAGCGGAGAUCAGCCGCCUUCUUAUCUCGGUGCAAGUGUGGAUCAGCCCCAUCAGCCCUCACAACUCACUGACAAAUCUCCUACACCCUCUAGAGACAAACCCUGCCCUCCUGGGUCCCCCGAGGAGCCUGUCAGCACAGCCGGCCUGGCUUAUGUGAUGACGACGACGAUGACGAUGACGGCAGCAGCGGCGGCGGCUGACACAGGCGCCUGGGAAGCCUGCUGGGACCCGGCGGAGCAGCCCACCGCGGCGGAUUUUGCCGCCGCCACCCUCCAGCGUCCGCACAGAACCCACCGGCCCCUUCCCGCACCUCCUUCCCAGAGACCAGCAGAGCCGUCACCAGCUGUGGGGCAGGUGCCAGCAACGGCCUGCGCAGGGUUAAAUAAUUCCCACAAGGUCCCGGGAGUAGUGCCCACUCCGGAGAGGCCGCCGGAACCCAGGGCCGCAGACGACCCCCCUCCCGGCCUCAUCGGUGACGGCGGGGCUGCCGCUCCGUGUCCCGCCUCUGCCCCCACUGUGUGUCCUGCUGCCCAGCCGGGCCUCCCCGAAAAGCUGCGGGAAGGUCCCCGCGCGCCCCCACUGCACCUGCGUGCGGAGUCCGCCCCCGUGCACGGCCCCUGUGGCUUCCCGGCCCCAGUGCCCCCCACCCGGACGAUGGAGAGCAAAGUCGCGGCCGCCAUCCACUGCGGUGGCGCGGAGGCGGCCGGCGGCGCCAGUUACCACCCCUUCGCCUCGGCCGCCGGGGAUGAUGUCUUGCCUUUGCCACUUCCCGCCCCGCAGCCGAAGCACGCGCCGCAGAAAGCCGCUUACGCCACCUUCACGAGGCCCGAUGUCACCCCCGAGCCCUUCGGUCCAGAAAACUGUGUGCAUUUCAGUCUGACUCCAAACUGCCAGUACCGCGCCCAGAGCGUGCCGCCCCAUCACAGCGGCCUGGAGCCGCACCAUGCCUACGGGGCCCGGUCCGAGCCGCCAGCCUCCGUGGGUCCCCGUUACAACACCUACGUGGCCCCCGGGAGAAGCGCGUCCGGACACCACUCCAAGCCGUGCGGCCGGGUCGAGUACGUGUCUUCUCUGAGCUCAUCUGUUCGGGGCGGUUGCUACCCAGAAGACCCGUACCCCACCAUCCGGAGGGUACAGUCUCUCCACACACCCCCGGCUGCCAUGAUCCGCUCCGUCCCCAUCUCCCGGACGGAGGUUCCCCCCGACGACGAGCCGGCCUACUGCCCGAGGCCCCUGUACCAGUACAAGCCAUACCCGGCCUCCCAGGCCCGCUCGGACUACCACGUCACGCAGCUGCAGCCUUACUUUGAGAACGGCCGGGUACACUACCGGUACAGCCCCUACUCCAGCUCCUCCGGCUCCUACUACAGCCCCGACGGCGCCCUGUGCGACGUGGACGCCUACGGCACCGUGCAGCUGCGGCCCCUGCACCGCCUGCCCAGCCGCGACUUCGCCUUCCAUAACCCUCGGCUGCAGGGGAAGAGCCUGUACGGGUACGCCGGGCUGCAGCCCCGGCCCCGGGCCACCGUGACCGGCUAUUUCUCCGGUACUGACCACGGUGUUAUCGGCAUGCCCCCGGCCACCGACGGGAAGCACACGUACACCUCGUGGGACUUCGAGGACAUGGAGAAGUACCGCAUGCAGUCCAUCCGCAGGGAGAGCCGGGCCCGGCAGAAGGUGAAGGGGCCCGUCAUGUCCCAGUACGACAACAUGAGCCCGGCCCUGCAGGACGAGCCAGGGGGGCUCUAUGUCAUCCACCUGCGCAGCAAAUCCGAUCCUGGGAAAACUGGACUUCUCUCCGUGGCCGAGGGGAAGGAGGCCCGGCCGCCGGGGAAGGCACUCAGCCCCGAGGGCGGCGACCCCUUCUACAGGAAGCACCCAGAGGCUGAGCUGGACAGGGCCCAUUACCACGGAGGGCACGGUGGGCACGGCAACGGGCAGCCGGAGAAACCGUCCCUCCCACAGAAGCAGAGCAGCCUCAGGAACCGCAAGCUCCACGACCCGGGCUGCGGCCUCCCGGAGCACAGGGCACACCAGGAAGCAAGCCAUAGGCACCUGUGCGAGCCGAAGAGCGGGCCCCCUCACCCCCAGGGGGCCGGCCAUUUAGAUUAUGGGGCCAAAGGGAGUCCGGACGCCUGUGAGCCCGCCAGCUACCAUAACUCCGGAGGGAAGUACAUGACCAUGGGCCCCGAGUCUUUGCGUCUGAACCACAAAGAGGGGAGGCUCUGCAAAGAGCUGGAGAGGCCUCGGGGCAGGCAGCCCCCCGCCCCAGACAAACACCCCCGAGACUGCUACCCGGAGGAGGAGCCGCUCGGCCAGGCCUCGGUCCCACCCCCGAAGCCGGAGCGGAGCCACAGCCUGAAGCUCCACCACACCCAGAGCGGGGAGCUGUGCCAGUACCCAGCGCACGGCCGGCGCCAGGGCAGCCUGGCCACCGUGUCCCAGUACGACAACCUGGAGGGCUACCACUCUCCGCCCCAGCUCCAGCGAGGAGGCUUCGCGGGAGGAGCCAUGGGGGCCUACCUGCCCCCUGGCUUCGCCCACCCGCAGAGCAGGACCUACGCCACCGCGCUGGGGCAGGGCGCCUUCCUGCCCGCGGAGCUGUCCCUGCAGCACCCCGAAACCCAGGUCCACGCGGAAUGAGCCCCGAGAGCAAUAGAGUUGAAGCAGCCUCUGCUGGACAGUGGACUGUUCUAUUUUUUUCAGUAACCAAAAAGAUUUAAAAAAGAGAAAAAAGAAAAAAGCUACAACCCCCCCCCCCCCCAACCACAUUAAAAAACAAAACACAGUAAGAAAAAUCAAUCGCCACCCUUCUCCCCUUCCUGUUCCAUUUCCGCCUCUAAGGACUCGCUUUGUCACUAGACGAGAUCUGAGUGGUUGUAAAGCACGGUGUUGACAACCUCGGAGAGAGCCUGUCGCCACCUCACGCGCAUCCGUACGAGCCUGAGGACUGCCUGGACCUGCAUUUGAAUGUGGCUUUGUCCUUCCUGGUGUCGGCCGUAUAUUUCAGAGCAGUUGCCAUCCGUUUCCUUUUGCAUUCCUACCGACAUCUCCAGGGCCCAUGUCGCUGACCCAGGCUGGCACCCAGUUGUCAUGUCAUUCUCCCCGUCUCGUGUCAAAUUCCAACAGAGAAAACCCCCCUGAUCCUUCAGCUAAGUCAGUUGAACAUUUAGCAGAUUCUGACUAAAACAUACAGGAAGUAAGACUAAGCGUUUAGUAAAGAGUCAUCAUAAGGAGUCAAACCAUGUAGGCCCAGGCUGCCCCAUGUCCUGCGCAUCCUUAUUUCUCAGAGGUGUGUCUCAGCUCCCCGAAGAACAGGCUCAGAUCCCAGGGGAAGGCAUGGUCAAAGGCAGAGUCAGACAUUCUCAGGCGGGCACCAGGGGGUGCCGUUAUCACCAGAGCGCUCUGUCCCUGCUUCCAGCGUGCCCUUCCGCCUUCAGUUACCGUUUCUCUUAAGAAGAGUUCGUGACUUGUAACCCUAGUAAAACGUUUCUCACCAUUUGUUUCCCUAAAGCAACUUUUUUUUUUUUUUCAUUAAAGAUGGAAACGACCCCCAGCAUGGUUUGACUAGACAAACACACAAUUGAUCAUGAUGGCAAACUUACACGUUAAUUUCUGUUUCUGACUGCAGGUUUCCUAGGGACACUUCAAGUAGCUAUGUGGUACCUGUUCGUAAACCUGCAAUCACGGUGCAGUACCCAGCCCCGUUUCACCGUGGGCAUCCCGGGCGGUUAGGUUUCUGCCCUGAGGGAUGGCGUACUGUUUGCUCACUCCCUCUGCUAUCACAGUCUACUGUAACUGCCACCGACACCAGCAUUUCCGGUACCAUUCUGAUAACUCUGUGGGCAUGUUACACGUGCCUGGCGCCCACAACUUUCUUUAGAAAGUUGCACUCAUUCCUGAUUCGAGUUGGACUAGGCACCUCUCCAGCCCAACGCAAUUCCAUUUUCUCAACUAGCCCCGAUCGCGCGCGACAGGCGAGCGAGGCAGUCCUGCCUUUACCGGGACGCGUUUCGAUUGUCAUUUCAUUCCAGGACUCUUAGUAACACUUGAUUUUUAUACAUUCACCCCUGGGGGCUUUCAUUCCAUUCACUGGAUGGUCGCUGCUCUGGCUUUUAUAAAACUUGGAAUUAACUUGUAUUUAGAGCAAAAGAAGAAAUCUUUGAAGAGGCUAAAUUUAUGCUGCUAUGAUUGCUGUGAAUUUGUAUAAAGAUUAGGAGUCAUGCCAGUUCCUUUUUUAUUUAAUAAAAACAAAAAAAUAACACGUG